UGGAGGUGUUUGGGAUUUUAGAUCAGAGUCUCUGGUGGAGUUUCCUGUCCAGCAGGAAGUGUGUUUCCUGCACAGUCCUGCCUGGCUCCAGAGGGCUGAGAGGAGAUUGUGCAUGUCCUACACAGGGACACACACACAAACACACACUCUUGCACACAGCUAGCCAUCGAGCUGGUCAAUAUGGACUAUGAGCCCAAGCGAGCCAAGAAGGGCUUUGUAAAGCGCCUGGUGUUCUCUAAAUCUAGCCGGCGACAGGCAGACAAAGGCAGUGUGUACCGUAGACCCCUUCACACUGUCCCCCUCUACCCACCUGACUACCUCAUCCACCCAGAGAGACUCAUCUACGACUAUGUGGAGAAAGAAGUCAAGCUCCUGGGACACUUGACAUGGGUGUCAUGUUCCCUGAACCCGUCGAGCAGAGACGAGCUGCUGCAGCUUCUGGACACAGCCAGGAAACUGAGGGUUUUGCCUCUGAAGACCAGCGUGGAGCAGGAUUGCAUUCUCAGCCUGUCUGCUCGCUGUCUUCUGCUUACCUGGAGAGACAAUGAAAAACUGUUGCUGAGAAUCCCCACACAUGAAAUUGCUGCUGCCUCUUACCUGCGGGACGAUGCACUGCACCUACUGGUGCUCAAAACUGGUCUGAAUGUGGACACUGUACUAGCCGGUGACAGUCUGGAGAACAGGCCCACUGGUUUGGAGAGCCGCAGACAAACUAUAAGCAACACUGACCCCAGGCCUGCAGGGGGCACCAUGGAGCGCCGCCACACCAUCUGUGGUGUGGACUGGAAGCUCUCAUCCCGCCAUGAGCCUAGAAAGAGCAGCGUGGGUGGAGGAAGUGGGACAGGGGGUGGAGGUGGUGGUGGUGAUGGUGACAGCCUAGAAGGGAAACAUGUGAGCGGAAGUUGGGAGCGUAGACAGACCCGGAAGCCGUGCGGAGGUAGCUGGGAGAAACGGCCAAUGAGUGGGAGCUGGGACCGGAGGCCUGUGGGGGGCAGCUGGGAGCGUCGGGGAGGUGGAGGGGUCAUAGGAGGUAGCUGGGAAAAGAGGCACGGGCCUGGAGCUAAACCAGGUGGAAGCUGGGAAAGGAAACACACACCAGGUGGGAGUUGGGAACGCAGGCAAGCUUGCACAGGGAGCUGGGAGAGGGGAAAGUCCUAUGGCAGCUGGGAGAGGAGGAACCAUAAUCCUCUGGAGCCCAUGCCAUGCCCUGAUGCCUACUGCAACCUCAUCAUACUGGCCGUGGAGAACAGGGAUGCUGCAGAGGAGUACUGCGCGCUCAUCUGUCAAAUGUUUCAGAUCAUAUAUGGACAUCAGACCAUUGAAUGUGUUGACAGGGCAGGAUAUCACUACACCAUGCCUGACCGCUAUUGGCUACAGAGAAGUGACAGCUGCCUUACUGACAUGACAUAUGGCUAUGACACAGACUUCAGCGGCUGCAGUUCAUAUGAUGGUUCACAGGAAGCAUUUGAUCCGUAUUAUAGUGAGAACUACAGUGAGAGCUCGUCUCUCUCCUGCCAUGAGUCACAUCGAAGCCUGGCCUCCACACACAGCGACUCUGAGCCCUGCAAUGCCAGUCUGCAGGAGUACAUGAUCAUUUUGAGGAGUAAGCUGUUGCCUCAGGAGAUACAGCAGUUUGCUCUGUUUCUGAGAGAAUACAGACUUGGUGCUCCGAUAGAGCAGUUCUGCACUGACCUGCUGCAGCUCUAUGGAGACUCACGCAAGUUCCUGCUCCUUGGUAUGAGGCCCUUUAUUCCAGAUAAGGAUGUAGGAGUGUUCGAGACGUUUCUGGAAGACAUUGGGAUCCGAGAGGGUGGGAUUUUGACGGACAGUUUUGGCCGGAUCAAGCGGAGCAUGAGCAACACGUCUGCCACAGCAGUUCGUGACUAUGACGGCUGGACUCUUCCUUCUGUUUCCCAGGAUUUUAACCGCAGAAUUGAUGACAUCACACACAACAUUGAGGCUUUGGGCUUUGAGGAGGGCAACGGAGACAUAGAAGAAGAGGAUUAUUACCUGUGAAACAUGCAGAAUGACCUACAGUAUGUUUAUAUAAGCCACUGUAUAUUUGAACUUGCACUGGAGAGUUUUUGAAAACAGGGUUUAGGUCACAUAUUUCUUUGAUUAUAAUAUAAAAGAAUUCAAACUCAAAUAGUUAAACAUUUACAGUAUAUGUGUACUUUAUUGGGCCACAUUAAGUGCUGCUGAUGAAAAAUGGGCCUAUUUGCAUUUGUAAAUCUGCGUAUUAUUUGCAUGCAAGUUUGGUUAUUUCAUGUUCUGCAUUAAUGAGUUACAAAAGAGAACCAAUGCAGCAAGGAAGUCCCAGAGAGAAAAUAAAUAAUUCUGUAUUAAUUGGAGAAAAGGUCACUUAGACAUAAAAGGAGAAAAAGAGAAAGCAGUCAUAUAAUAUAGUGACAGUGAUGAUGAUGAUGAUGGUGAUGAAGAGUUUUCUUCCAGCCAGGGCACACUACACAGUAAUCUGUUGGAGCCGGAGGGUCAUUGACUAUGGCUGCUGUCUGUGGGGAGAAUAACUCAUGAAAAACUCAGCCUUGACAUUCUUUCCAGUGACACUGUCACCUUGCUACAGUCUGAUGCCCUUCCCUUCCCUCUUAUCUAUGCCAAACCACAGAAGGUUGAUGGGCACUGCACCCAGCAUUGGGGUUAUUAAAAUGGCACAUGGCAUCUGUCAGGCUAAACGUUUGUUAUGUAAUGGAACCGGGCAGAAGAACAGGGCCAGACAGGGUUUAGAUUAAAGUUAAACCUCUACUCACACCCAAAUAAUCUUAGUAGUCAAACAGCGGGGGGCAACAGGGAACAUUUGUCCCAGGUCGUGUGAUGAAGAGGGCCAGCUGAGGUCCUCUGUGGAAUAUCUUAGACACUAGGUCAGAGGAUGGAGGGCACAUGCAUUAUUAUUAAAUCACUUAUACUGCAUUUUAUCUGACAGUCCUGAUAAGAAUAAAGAGCUGACUGACUUCACAGUACUGUUUAUAAUAGUGUAACACUGUAAAAUGUAAAAAAGUAAAAUGUUGUGAAACAUACCCAAAA